AUGGCACCAUUGCGUCAGUUGGAAUUUUACUCUGGUAUUGGAGGCAUGCAUUAUGCUGCCAAGCUGGCUGAUUGGGAUGUGGAGAUUGUCAAGGCAUUUGAUAUCAACACGGUAGCCAACGAAAUCUACAGACACAACUUUGAUCCCAAAACAGUGGGACAAAAUUUGAUAGAAACACUGUCAGCAAAGCAUUACGACGCCCUCGCUGCUGAUAUCUGGACCAUGUCGCCUCCUUGUCAACCUUACACUCGUAUCGGCCUUCAACAAGGCAGUGUGGAUGCUCGUGCCAAGAGCUUUUUGCAUCUGCUCAACGUACUGGGAGAAAUGGAGCACAAGCCAAAGUAUAUCUUGGUGGAAAACGUCAAGGGAUUCGAGGAAUCUGACUCUAGAGACAUGCUUGUUGACAAGCUGACCCACUGCGACUACACAUUUCAGGAAUUCCUCCUAACACCUCUACAGCUGGGCAUCCCCAACUCUCGAAUGAGAUACUAUUUAUUAGCCAAACUAAAGCCAUUGACAUUUGCAAAGCCUGUGACAGGCACCAUCAUUGGCUACAUUCCACUGUCAACACACAUGUCGACUGAAUUUAUCGAUACACGAGGCAUCACGGACGAGGAGAAACUGGUCGAUGAAUCUGUCACUCCUGUGGAUCCACUAUCAAAAUACUUGGAGCACGAUAGCCAGUAUGAGCAGUAUUUGGUGCCUGAUAAGGUGCUGGCCAAGAACAGCCAUGUGUUUGACAUUGUGAAGCCAGAUGGACAUCGCAGCUGUUGCUUCACCAAGGGUUACUUUCACUAUGCUCAGGGGACAGGGUCUAUUCUGCAGAUGAACCAAGAUGUGGAUACUGCAGGCGUCUUUUCCAAAGCAAUGACAUUCAAGGGCGUGGACGAGGACAAGCAGCUAGAGCUGCUACGUACCUUGAAACUGAGAUACUUUAGUCCAAGAGAGGUCUCUAAUCUAAUGGGCUUUCCUCAAGAAUUCUCAUUUCCAGACACCAGCACCAUCAAGCAAAAAUACAGAACACUGGGCAACAGUAUUAAUGUUAAAUUGGUGUCCGAGUUGAUGCGUUAUCUGAUGAAGGAAGGAAAUACCCCUUAA